AUGUCUAAGAAAAUUAUUGUGUAUAGUGUUUCAGCAACUGCUUCUGAAAAGCAAGAAACUGCUGCAAAAACCGCUUUAAUGUUGACCAAUGCCGUUAUCGGUGACUCUCAAAUAACCGUCAAAUGCUCUGGUGAGGGUCCAUCUGAAGAAGAAGAGUCACCAGAGGGUGAUGGCAUAAGUCAAGAGGAUAAGCCAAAAGCUGUCAUUUUCGCUGAAAUCUUAGCUGCUGGAUAUCAGCUUCAAGACACCAUUAUUGAAAAGGGCAUCGAAUUUGACGCAAAGUUUGGCAUCAGUACUCGUUUAAGCCAUUAUUUACAAACGAUCCAAGAACAACUUAAAAAACUUGAUGAUAAAUAUCAUGUCACCGAAACCGUCACCAACCAAGCCACUGCAAUUGAUGCUAAACUUGGUGUGCAAGACAAAGUGAAAUAUGCUGCAACGCAAGUUCAAGACAGGGCUAAUCAAGCUUUAGACACUUCUCCGGGUAAACAGCUUGUCGAAUUUUACCUCUCUACCCAGAAACAAGUAGCAGAUGUUCACAAUGAAGCCCGAAGAAUUGCUAACGAAAAGAAAGCCGCUCGAAUUGUUGAUGCUUCAAUUCAAGAGAAGAUCGAAUGCCAGUAA